CCAGCUUAACCACCUGACUAGAGGUAUUCAUUCAUAUCGGAACUGACUCAAUUGAGGUUUCCAAUAAGGAUUGACUCUCAUCAAAUCUCAUAGUCAAUUAACAAAACAAGGUUUUAAAAAAAUUGCGCAUUAGCUUUUGCAACACUACUGAAAAAUGAGUUACAACGGAUAUUACAACUUUGCACCCAAUAUCCCUGAAAUUAUUCCAAUGAGUAGUUCCCACCACGAUUACUAUUACAAACCUUCUGAUCCGUACUAUUAUGAACAAGGUACUUACCCACCAUCCAGUUCGUUCGUACCUCCUAAUUACACUGCACCACCUUCCUCUUAUCCAGCUCAAAACUCUUAUUCAAAUGGUGAAUAUGACCAGAACAAAAAUUCACAAUAUCGGGAAACUGGAAAUCGCCCAGAUGAAGAUACCUCCAAAAAACAAGCUCUCCAAGAAGACCUGGAUGAAAAGGCUAAAGGUCUGAUGGCUGAUCUUGUUGAUUCAAACAAAGAUGAAAUAUUGGCUAACCAGCAAAGUCGAUUUAAAAUCAUCUCGGAAGCAAAGCUUCACCGUGUAGAAAUUAUAUUUGAGAUUUUAAAAAUAGCUUGGAUCGGACUGGACGUCAAAUUUCUCGUCAAGCAAGUGAGGUUAAUAUGAAUGAUAUUUACCAACAAGUUCAGAAAGCUUUGGAAACAUAUCAUGGUGAGAAGCUCAUUUUUGACCCUUUUAUUAAAUCUGUGGUUGAGAUUCAAUUUUCUGUUAUUUCCCGGGCUUAUUUCGAGUAUUAUCUAGCUUUGAUCAAAGCUAUGACCGAGGAGAUGUUAAUAGUUUUUGAAAGUAAAGUUGCCCCUCGAGAACUUAUUACUGA